AUGAAGCCUCUGGCCACCACUAGAGCAGCUUCUCUGAGCUCAGAGGCCUUCCACCGGCGCUUCAGGCGGUUUGGCUACUCUGACUCCGCGGGGCCUCGGGAAGCCCUGAGCCAGCUCCACGAGCUUUGCUGUCAGUGGCUGAGGCCCGAGGUGCUCAGCAAGGAGCAAAUCCUGGAGCUGCUGGUGCUGGAGCAGUUCCUGGCCAUCCUGCCCGAGGAGCUGCAGGCCUUGUUCCAAGAGAACCGACCAGAGAGCAGAGAGGAUGCCGUGGAGAUGCUCGAGGAGAUGGAGAAGCUGAACAGGUCUUUCUUGGACAAAAUGAGGACAUGCUCGCAAAGAAACUACCAACUUGUGAAAUCCCUCAGGAGAUACCAUGUCACCAGCCCAGGCCCACAGAAAAGCAGCUGCGGUGGGCGUUGAAGAAGCUCUGCUCCUUCAGAUGAAAUGAUAGAGACACCAGAACUAAAAAUGUGAAAUCUGCUUUAAGGCAAAAGAAUUCUUCAGACAAAGAACUGCAUUACAGUUUCUAACACUCUUCAAGUGAAUGCUCCCCAGAGUCUCACAUUUAGAAGAACCUGUGAACAAGACACAAAGUUUGAAAGAA